GUACGUCGACAACGACGUGCCGCUCCUCUAUAUCCGCAUUCAGAUCGAAAAGGCGACCUGCAGUGCCUUGAUCGAUUGUGGAGCGACUCGCAACUACAUCAGCCAAGACUUCAUGGCACGCGCCGGGCUCGGCCCGCGCGUUCGAAGGAAAAGCCAGCCUACGCACGUCACGUUGGCCGACGGUCACACGCAAAAGUCAAUCGACCGAUGCGUUGACUAAAGGCCCAUGUACUUUGCCCCGCUGGCAAGCGAGGCCGUGUCUUUCGACAUAUUGGACACCAAGUUCGAUAUGAUCCUAGGCAUGUCGUGGCUGCAAAGCGAAGACCACCCGGUGAACUUCCAUCGCCGCACCGUUCACGUUCGUGAUCGGCGUGGCGAACUUGUCCCGUGUACGGUGCCGCUUCCUCAUCCUUCGAUUGGUUGUCACGUGGUAUCCGCGGCGAGCAUUCGCCAAUCCAUCCGGCGGAAUGACAUCGAGGAGAUGGGCAUAUGUUUUCUUCACGCCCUCCCACCCGGUGAUCAGCCCAAGACGGAUACGUCGGACCCACGCAUCAUUGAGCUGUUGGACAGCUAUGAGGAUGUCUUUCAAGCUCCCGCCGGAGUCAUACUGGAUCGGCCCAUACGCCAUGGGAUCACUCUCGAGGACGGCGCCGUACCCCCGCGUGGAUGUAUCUACCGCAUGAGCGAAGAGGAACUUCAAGUGCUUCGGGCACAACUAGACGACCUCUUAGCCAAGGGCUGGAUUCGCCCUAGCUGUUCGCCAUACGCCGGUGCUCCCGUUCUCUUCGUCUGGAAGAAGAACAAGGACCUUCGUUUGUGCAUCAACUACCGAGAGCUUAACGCGCAAACGAUCAAGAACGUCAGCCCUCUCCCUCGGAUCGAUGAUCUUCUCGAGCGACUAGGCGGCGCCAAGUACUUCUCGAUGCUUGACCUCAAGUCCGGUUAUCACCAGAUCGAGAUUCAGCCAAGAGAUCGGUACAAAACCACUUUCAAGACGCGGUAUGGGCACUUUGAGUGGAUCGUCAUGCCUUUCGGUCUCACCAAUGCCCCGACUACUUUCCAAGCGGCUAUGACGACGGAAUUCCGCGACUUGCUCGACCGCACCGUGCUCAUUUACCUCGAUGAUAUCUUGGUUUAUAGCCGGACGCUGCACGAGCACCUCGAGCACCUUCGCGCCGUAUUGGAGCGGCUUCGUAUCGCCAAGUAUAAGGCGAACCGCGACAAGUGCGAGUUUGCCCAGCAAGAGCUGGAGUACUUGGGCCAUUACGUCACGCCGCAAGGCAUUCGUCCGCUCGCGGACAAGGUACAAGGUAUUGAAGAUUGGCCGGACCUCAAGUGUACUACCGACGUCCGCUCCUUUCUCAGCUUGGCAUCGUACUACAUGCACUUCGUCAAAGGAUUUGAACGCAUCGCUGCACUAUUGCCGCGACUUCAGUCCCCCUUGGUGCCCUUCGAGUUCAGCGACGAGGCCCGGCAUGCGUUUCACACGUUGAAGACGGCUUUGCUUCAAGCUCCCGUCUUAAGCAUCUAUGACCCGACCUACAAGUCGGAUCCGGGAUUCUCCACACCCUAUGUGGACUUAUCAUCGGACCAACCGCCGGCAAGCAACUAUCGCAUUGUCGACGGCUACUUGCUUCUUCAUACACGAGGCAAGGACUUGUUGUGUGUUCCCCAAGACCGCAUCUUGCGCACUCGCCUCCUUGGCGAAUACCAUGAUCCGCGGCUGGCGGGACACCUUGGCGUCGCACGCACACUAGCACGACUCCGCCAGCGAUUUCACUGGCCGGACAUCAUCAGCGACGUCAACCAGUAUAUUCAGUCAUGUGCAGUUUGCCACCGGAACAAAGGGCGCCAUCAGCUCCCUUAUGGCGAACUGAAACCAUUGCCGAUUCCUCGGGCACCGGGUCUCUCCAUUGCUAUGGACAUGACCGGUCCUUUCCCUCAUGAUCGCCUUGGUCAUGAUGGAAUUCUCACGGUCGUCGACCGUUUGAGCAAGUACGCUCGAUUUCUUCCAUGCAAGUAUCAUGCGACGGCUCCCAAGCUCGCACGACUCUUGCAUACCAGCUGGUUUUGCAGCCACGGCGUUCCGGCAGACAUCGUCAGCGACCGCAACACUCGUUUCAUGUCGACCUUUUGGACGGCACUCAUGGUGGAAUCUGACACCAGCAUGAAACCGAGUUCCGCAAGGCAUCGUCAAACGGAUGGGCAAACGGAACGUGCGCACCAGACUGCGCAGAUGAUGCUCCGCACACUCAUCCGCCCGGAUCAGAAGGACUGGGUUGACCGCCUUCCCGACAUCGAGUUCGCCUACAACACUUCAGUACACCCGGCGAUUGGCGUGACUCCAUUCGAGUUGCACCAUGGUGGACGGAAAGGACGUAUCUUUGCAGACAUUUUGCUCCCACAGGCUGCCGAUAUAGAAGCCGCUUGCUCCCCCGCUUCUACAAGGAAGUACAGGGAACUGCUGGCCAAAGCCCGUGCAAAUAUGCAAAAGGCUCAGGUCCAUAUGCAGCAGCAAGCGAACCGGUGUCGCAUGCCAUGUCCAAUUCUCACUGUGAUCUAGUCUGGGUCGCCUCCGAGGAAUUCGUGCUCGAGCAGGACGUCUCGCGCAAGCUCCUCCCUAAGUGGUUUGGACCAUGGAUGGUCACUUCAGCAGCUGGCGACGACCCCGCGGGUCCAUCUUUCAUUGUGGAGAGAUUCCCCCGCAUUUGACGGUCCACCCGAUCUUUCACGCUUCAAAGCUGGCAGUUUACACUCCAGCCUCCGCAACAGAUUUCCCAGGUAGACGGUCACAAGACCCUCCUUCAAUGGAUGGUCAUCAGGAGGUCGACCGCGUUCUCACGCAUCACAAGCAUGGCAACAAGCCGAUGCAGUACAAAGU